GAUUUUCCUGCCUUCUGCCUUUUUGCCCGUCUGUCUGCCUGAUCCCGGCUUGCUGAUGAUGGAUCACCGCAGAGAUGCAAAGGAUGACCAUGAGCGCGACAAAGCCAUUUUGGAAAUGCUGCAUAUCAAUAAAGUGUCUGCGAGCCAUAAGGCUAAGCCACAUCCCUACAUGAGGGGGAUCUAUCAGCGCUUGGAUUCACUGGAGGCUCAAGACCUUUGGAGUUCAGACGGAACGCUGGUGCAGAGUUUUCGGAGUGUUGUUGGUCCACAUUACGCUCUUCCAGGAUGGAUCUGGUUCAAUGUCAGCAGCCUGAACCCCUCAAUGCUGGGUGCAGAGCUGGUUCUGUUCAGGAAAACCCUUCACCCCCACCCCAUCAGUGUGACUGUCACUCUGCACAGUGUCACAGCUUUACAAGGAGCUCUGGAGGAAAGUCCUGCCCUGGAGGAGAGACUGCUGACCCUGGACCAGCGAUCCUCAUCUGGAUAUGAUGUGUUUGAUGUGUCAGCUGUUCUGCCUGUGAAGCCUCUGGGGGUGGUGGGUUUUCAGCUGCGUUAUACAGAUGAGCGUGGGAGUCUUGUUCUUCAUGAAGCCCUAACACAGAGUCUUUACUGUCUAAACAGAGGCUCCCUGAGUGAACCCUUACUAGUGCUUUACCAGUCACAUCCCCUCCACAUCUAACUCUUUCAUCAUUAUAAUUAAGCUGAUCACGUGACUUUUAAAGAAUGUUUUAGCACAAAAUUGGCAAGGGAUAGAGGACAUAAUAUAACAAUGUCAAGGUCAAUGUGUUUGAAACAGACAAAACCUUAACAAAAAUUAACCCAUCAAAAUAACCUUUUGUUUGAUAGUUUUUAUUUAGGGCUCUCGGAACUAGUAAUGUGCAUUUGUAAUGAUAAAAAAACGAAACUUAACCAGAACUUCAUUUUAGUUACCAUCUUUUGUUUUGAAAGUUUCUACCGGAAUUGUUUGUGCCGUUAUGUCUGACUUGAUUGAGAUGUAAUUUUGUCAUGGGAGCUCACUGCCCUCCAGUGGACAGUCGUAACUAUCUGUUAAACAGCUAACUGUUAUUGAUAUCAAUAACUCUGUUUUGUUUGUAUUAUUAUUUUAAAAUGACACCAGUAACAUCAGUAUUGGUAAAAGCUUUAUUAAUGUGGAGAUGUAUUGAUAAGAGUCUUCAGAUCUGGAGACUAAUGUAGCCUGUUAGAAGAUCAAUUGUAAAUGCAUUCUUAUACGUCCUAUGAACAUUUUCAAUGUAAGAGUUGGUGACUUAAAUUACGCAAUUUCAAAUGGUCAAACAAACAAAUAAUCAAUCAGAAAUGGCCGUUCAAUACUUGUAUUUGUCUUGGUUUUGAGAUGUUUGUAAUUGCACGUGUAUUAAUAAUAUACACUUAGUUAUCAAACAAUAUGCACAUGUGUACCAUGUAACUGCACUGCAAUAAAUAUUACCUU